AACUCUAAUCUCUCAAAACGAAACGAUGAAGUAAGGCAGUAACUCAACAACGGUAGAUUCUCAACAACCUUUCUUUUCGAUCAAGUAAACUGUGAUCCUUCUUCAAUCAUCAACUAGAUAUCGCGUUCGCUUUAAACCUCCCGAAGCUCAUUUGAAUUUUCUCUCUAAAGCUACCGACUUUCGGAAAAGAAGAUUCGCUCACUACUUAUCUUGGGGGGGUUGAAGCUAUGGCGCAGAGUGAUUCCGAAGCUGAUAAGAUGCUUGACGUUUACAUAUAUGAUCACCUUGUGAAGAAGAAACUGCAUAACAUUGCUAAGUCUUUUAUGACAGAAGGCAAAGUCUCUCUGGAUCAUGUUGGUAAAGCAAUUGAUACUCCUGGUGGGCUUCUGUUCGAGUGGUGGUCUAUGUUCUGGGACAUCUCCAUUGCUAAGACGAAAGAGAAGCGUUCUGAGUCUGCUGUAGAGCAGGGGCUUAACGUUUACAUAUACGAUUAUCUGGUGAAGAAGAAACUGUAUCACACCGCUGAGUCGUUCAUGCCUCCCCUCCGGGUCAUAUUUCAAUUAAUACUCCUGGUGGGUUUCUUUCUAAGUGGUGGUUUGUGUUCUGGGACUUCUUCAUUGCUAGGGUGACUGAGAAGCAUUAUGAGUCUGUUGCACAGGCGCAACAAGGUGAGCAGAUGAAGCAACCAAAUCCAGUGAACACUGUGGCAUCCCAACCCAGUAUGGAUGCAGGGACAAUCCAUCACGGUCAGAUGGUCCAUGGGAGGUAUCAAGGAGGUGUUUCACCAGCACUUCAGUCACGGACUCAGCAGACCCCUGAAAACAAUAGUGGAGUUAAUCUUGGGGCAUCUCCAAGACAACAAGAUCCUUUACUAUCACAGCAGAACAACCACAAAAGAGCAAGGACGGGAAACACAGUCGGCCCAUUCAACUCACAGCCGUCAACUCCUUUAACGCAUACCCCUAACGAAGGAGUUGCUAUAACUGGUGACAUGCCAAAAGGACCAGUGAUGUAUGGUUCUGAUGCAAUAGGUGGUCUUGCUUCAUCAGCAAACCAACCGAUGUGUGAUGACAUGGAAGCGUUUGAAGAUUUGGAAGACCUAGAAGAUAAAGCAGAAUGGUUUCUUCCCCAAGUUGAUGGAAAUCUGCAGCAGAGUGACAUGGAAUCGUUUGGAGCGCUGGAAGAUGUAGAUAUAGAAAGCGUGGUUACGGCCAUAAACUGGAACCCUUCUGAGUUUAUAGAGCGGCAGCAAGCUAAAGAGCAGGAGCAGAUGAAGCAACCCAAUCCAAUGAACACCGAGACAUCCCAACCCCACAUGGAUCAUGGUGAGAUGGUCGAUGGGAAUCAUCAAGGAGGCAGUGUAUUGGCAUCACUGCAGCAACUUAACCCACGAACUCAGCAGACCCCUUUUGAAGCCGGAGAUGGAGAGUCACGUAAGGGGAUAUGCAACUGCGAAAAGUCCAAGUGUUUGCAACUUUUCUGUGAAUGCUUUGCUGCUGGAGUCUAUUGUUCUACAGAGCCACCAUGCUCAUGCAUUAAUUGCCACAACAUACCUAUAUAUAAAGAGGACGUGUUGAAUAGUCGCAAAAAGAUUGAGUCUCGGAACCCACUUGCAUUUGCUCCUAAAAUCAUCAGUAGAAGCUCGGAUCCUGUUCAAGAAACAAGGGACGAUGCUAGCAAAACUCCAGCUUCUGGUCACCACAGACGAGGCUGCAACUGCAAGAAAUCAAAAUGCUCCAAUAAAAACUGUGAAUGCUUUCAGGGUGGAGUGUGCUGUUCCACAAGAUGCAGAUGUAUAGAAUGUGGGAACAAAAACCAAGAAAGAAAAUAGAUAUGAGGCUGUAUGCUUUUUUAAACUGUAAACCUUAACAUCAAUUUGAAUUGGUGUUUAUAUGAGGCUGUAAGCCAUUUUUUUUUAUCUUAGUUGCAUUUUUGCCAAAUGUUUACUGUCUUAAAGAGUCUUAUAAUCACCUUAGGUUGGAGUUCUGAGUGUACAACACCGAGGAGAUGACAAAAUGCAACCACAUUCAAUAUUUAUCAUAACAGUCUUUGCAACCACAUUCAAUA